AUGGGCCCAAUAAGGCCUAACGGAUAUGAUCGGGCCAGCCACAUUCAGACUCCACAGGAGAGCUGUUGCACCUUGCAGAUUAACGCCGCGGAAUAUAGCAGCAGUGCAGCGAAGCAGCUCAGCUCAGCAGAGCUCCACCACCACGUCUAUCUCUGUGAGGGAUCCAUCGCCAAACUGGCUGACCAGGACAGUUGGGAAUGCUGGGAUCAGUUGAUCCACCUCCAGCUGAGCAGCUCAGGAGACUUCCUGCCCUGUGAUUCUCAGCGGGUCGAGAUGCCACGGAAAGACAUGGAGGUAGUCAUGGGACAAAUGGUUGUUCUGGAGGCCUGGUACACCCCCACUACCUCCAUCGAGAAGAACGCCGUCAUCUGGACCUUCAUGGCCAAUCACUCCAAACAAGUCAUCUCCUACUUCUCAGGACAGAUUGGCAUCGGUAGCACUGACUUUCGGAGGCGAGUGGGUUUUGCCGUGUCAAUGCCCUCUGCCAAUCUGUCCAUCUAUAUCAACAACACGCAGGAGUCUGAUUCUGGGCGCUAUCACUGCCACGUGAUCAUUCCUGGAGCUCCAGGCCUGUCUGGGGAAGUAGACCUCAAUGUUAAAGUUCCUCCAUCCACGCCUGUAUGCUCUAUGACAGGAAACCCUGUACUGAGUGGCAAUGUAACACUGAGCUGUAAAUCCAGCUAUGGCAAACCUGUUCCUCAGUACAAAUGGACCAAAGCAGCUCCUCUUUCUGAGGUCUUCUUCUCUCCCAUGCAAAAUGAGAGGCAAGGCACCCUUCGACUUAGCAACCUCACCAAAAGCAUGUCUGGCAAGUAUGUUUGCCGCGCUAGCAACACGGCUGGGACUGACAGCUGCCACAUCAAUCUAGAGGUCUCCACCCCUAACAAUGCCUGGGUGAUCGCCGGGGCCACGGUGGGCUCUGUGGUGGGUCUGAUGGCUCUGGUUUUAUUCCUGAUCUUUAUCCUGAGGAGAAACCGUGACACAGAGGAGGAGAUAGCCAAUGAGAUUAAGGAAGAUGCACAGGCCCCGAAACGCGUCUCCUGGGCUAAAAGCGGCACAGGAUCAGACAUCAUAUCAAAGAAUGGCACAUUGUCCUCCAUAGCCACCAGCCCUCCUGCACAGGACCCUCAGCAUCCACUCCAAAACAGCCAUUACCCAUACCCUCCGGGUGCCUUGGACACCGCCUCCAUCCUCACCACCUCCGGUAGCACAACCACAUCCCGCCUCCGCCCAGGGGAGCGCAACCCACUACAUGGCCUGCCUGGAUACAACGGCAGCAGCACACUAAAUCACAAACACCACCAUCACCAUCACACUCCCGCAGUCCUCAAUCCCAACAGCUGCUCCACACACAGGACUGAGGGGCCACAGCCGCAGACCCCACGUCUGCUCAACAUGCCUAUAAACACUGCCACCCUGUCCCGCAUGGGGGCCGUGCCCAUCAUGGUGCCCACCCAGAACCACGUCGGGUCACUGGUGUAACGACUCUCAAGACAAAUAAUGUGCUAACGACUAGCCAAAUGUACAUGGGGAAGGGUUUCGACAAAGGUGGCGAUAAAUGUCAAAAACGUUCUAUACAGAUUAAAGUACUAUAAGUACAGUAAAAUAUAGUUACAUGUCAAAAAUCGCCUUUGAUUUUUUUCUAAAGUAUCACAUGUUUUUUAAUGAGAUUAAUCUGUGCUUUGAUGCCUAAACACUCUUUGUCUUUUCGAACCGUUACACUGACUGAAAAUAGUAUUUGUCAUUUAUUUUGUCAGUUUUACAGUGUGUUAUUCAUUAUUAUGGGAUGCAGUGUCCUAUUUUUGUAACAGUUGUGUUUAUGAAUUCAGAUUUGUCCAGUUACUUAGACAUUCAGUUCCAUUAAUGACAAUAAUCUUUAGCAUAAGCUGUUCUUGUGCCUCUUGUGCCUCCGAUUCUCUCAGGAGUUUUCAGUUUUCCUGUCAAGCAGAUUUCUGAAGCAGAGCAGGUUUUUACAGUAUUUCAAAUGUAACAUUUUCUGAUCAUUCAGAGGAGUUUGAGGGAUGACUGUAAAGUAGAAAAUAAAAUGAAAUCCCAUGAAAAUGCUGUCUUAAAACGUCUUAUGAUGUAGAGUGUAAAAGAGAUAAAUGCCAGUAUCUGCCAUGCUUAUUUACUUGAGCAGGAAGGACUCUUAAUUUGUAAAACAUUUGAUCAUGGAAGUUACAUGGAAGUGUCCAUUUGUUCAUUCAUGUGUUCAUGAUGUAUGAAAAACUAGCCUUGUGGUUUAAUGACUUGAAUAUUGGUAGCAAUGUUUUAUCAUUAUUGAGAUUAGUGUUAAUGCUGAAUGUUAUUGUGAAUAUUCAGGUUGAAGAUAUUGUUUACUCUGUAAUUGGGACUUUUCCACUCAAAUUGGCAUUAUAUGGAAUUGAAAGCAUUAUAUCAGGGGUGUGCAAACUCAUUCCUGGAGGGCCACUGUCCUGCAGAGUUUAGCUCCAACUUGCCUGGGAGUUUCUAGUAUGCCUAGUAAGACCUUGAUUAGCUGGUUCAGGUGUGUUUAAUUGGGGUUUGAGCUAAACUCUACAGGACAGUGAUUGUACACCCUUGCAUUAUACAAUAACUGUCCACAUGAUGGAAGCAGAGAAGUAAGAAACAGGCUCAAAGUGGAAAAUGCCUCAGUGAGGUUCAAGUGUUCAAGUGGUGGUACUUGUUUUGAUUGCUUACCAUAAUGUUCUGCUUAUUAAACUAAUACAAAAUUGUAAAAACAUUGUCCAAAAUUUGAUAUUACAGUUUUUAUAUUACAGUAGAACUAGCACAGCAUUUUAAUGUGGCAUUUGAUUGACCCUCCAUUAAACAAACUUUAUUAACAGCCAGUAUCUUAAAUAUUAGAACCAGACACUUUUAUUUUGGCUGCCACAUUUUUCUUUUUCAACUUAAUUUGUC